AUGUUCGGGACAUUCGUCACCUUUAGACAACUUUUAGGGAACGUUGCGCAAGGUUGCGAGAACGUCGCCUCCUACGUGGGUGGAUCUCUGACCAUCACAAACACCAGAACAACUGACUCUGGACUUUAUAAAGUAACCAACGGCAGCAAUGCGACGCCACUCAACACAUUCAACCUUACUGUCUAUGCUCGUCUGCCUGUUCCUGUCAUCAGUGACUCUUCACAAUGUUCAUCAUCAUCAUCAUCAUCAUCAUCAUCAUUAUAUUGUUCAUUGUUGUGUUCAGUGGUUAAUGUGAGUGAUGUGAGUCUCUCCUGGUACAAAGGAAACAGUUUAUUGUCCAGCAUCAGUGUGUCUGAUCUCAGCAUCAGUCUCUCUCUACCUCUGGAGGUGGAAUAUCAGGAUAAAAACACCUACAGCUGUGUGAUCAACAAUCCCAUCAGCAACCAGACCAGACAUCUGGACAUCAGCAAACUCUGUCACACAUGUGCAGACUACAUCCACUGUUGUGGUUCUACUGAAGCUGUGAUCCGACUGGUUCUCUCUGCUCUGGUGGGCGUGGCUUCUUUUGCUGCGCUUGUUUAUGACAUCAGAUCCAGAAGUCUUCAACAGAAAAGGAGAGAACAGACAUCAACAUCAAGCUCUGAAUAA